AUGUUGAGCUCAUCCGGUCCCGUGUACUUUGAGCUCAGUUGGUCCAUCCUGAGCACCAUUGGAAUCGGAAACGUCCUCUUUGGGCUUCUCGUUUGCAGCAUCACCAGCUUUUCACAAAUAUCCGCCGUUCCACUAAUAACAUCUGCCGCCGGGGCCACGGCGAACGGGCUGUGCUACUAUGCAUUCUACGCCGAAGGGAACCCUGUCAAAAGCAAGGCGGUAGCGUCGGCAUUUGCAGACUUGUUUUGGUUGGUCCAAGAAGCGGGGCUCUCAUUCUAUAGCUACGUGAUCUUGAGCCGUGUGCUACAAAACCACUGCUGGCACGUCUUUGCCGGUUUAUUUUGGACCAUUAUAGUCAUAAUCUCAGCCCUCAGAAUAACGAUCGCCAUCACUAGGGUUAGAUCUAUUCUAGACGGAGGUGAUUCAUAUCAGGAAGUCAUAGAUAAUCUUCAUAUCGGCUACUUCGUCUCGAUCGCCACGGUGGAGUGCGUCAGCGCAUACUUCCUAUUAACCGUCUUCGCCUCCGCAAAAACCACGUCCCUAAAAGCAGCCAUCGAGACGGGCCUCUUUCAAUAUUUAAUGCGAAGCGCUGAGGUUCACCGAUUCACCUAUACCAUGGAAUGCCUCUUCCCUUUCGUCAUGCUCAUUGACAUGCUCGCGUCCAGAUUGGUGCUUACGGAUCAGGCGUAUGCAUCCUCCUCUCGAAGUCAGACAUCUAGAAAUGGCCCCAGACAAUUGACCUCAAAUACCAAUAAAGGGUUGUAUCCUGUAACGCCAAAUGAGCAAAUAAUUGAGAUCCACGGAGGUAGAAAUAACAUUGGCCAGACAAGCUCACAGGAGCGCAUCCUUGAGUCUGGGGCAUCCAGAUUUUUGUUGCGAAAUUAA